UGUGAAGAUGGCGCUUUUAUUUUGAUGAGACGGGACCGGAAGUCGUAUGGCGGAAGUGAACCGGAAAGCUCGAGCAGUAGAAUAUGGCAGAUUCCACGCGCCCAAAAAAGAAGCGAAAGACGCCUUCCACGGUCGGCGAAAGGAGGUGUCGUGUGGUGGUCGGGUCGGCCAUCAGAAGGUGGCGUAAGGUUAAAGCGGCGAAUGGGUACAGAUCAGACGCAGAGAUGGCCCGGGCCCUGCUGGACAUGAUGAACCCGGCGGCCGCUUCCUCCAGCGCCGCCAAUAAGAAGAUGAAAUGUUCCCAAUUGGAAGUGCAGACGCUGAUUGAGCAGGAGGUUCGCGCGGCAGUGCAGGGGAGAGAAAGCAACCUGAAGGGCUUAAUAGAAACUAUUCAACAGCUGGAUUGCGCCGAGGACUACGAGAGCUCCAUCCAGCAGCUGGAGGCUCGAAUUAGCAGGUUAACCAGGAAAGCCGAAGCAGCCAUCGCCUUCAUGACAAAGGAACAGACAAAGAGCCCAUUGCCAUCUCUGGUUAAGAUCCAGACCAACAGGGCCGACUCCGAGGAUGAAGCCAUGGAAGUGACGCCACAGCCCAGCGAGAAGAGCAAGUGCAGAAAGCUCUUUCAAAUAAUGGAAAACACAAAAAAGGCCCUAAAUAAGAUGCAGGUUGAUAAUGAAGCCUUGAAGGGUGCCGUGGCAGAUUCAAGUGAGGAGCAGCCUCCUCCGGUUCUUAGCCCUUAUGGUUCCCCUAACUGUAAGGAAAAUGUCAUGGCCGUAACGAAAGAGUCAGGAAUUAAACAUGAAAUCCAGAGUGUUGAGACCAAGCAGGAGGAGCCAUUGAAGUGUGAAGAGCCCAAGCAGGGGGAGGAGCCCGAGCAGGGGGAGGGGCCAUUGAAGUGUGAGGAGCCCGGGCAGGUCGAGGGGCCAUUGAAGUGUGAGGAGCCCAGACAGGAGGAGGAUCCCGGGCAGGGGGAGGAGCCCGGGCAGGGGGAGGGGCCAUUGAAGUGUGAGGAGCCCGAUCAGCGGGAGGAGCCCGGGCAGGGGGAGAGGCCAUUGAAGUGUGAGGAGCCCGAGCAGGGGGAGGAGCCCGGGCAGGGGGAGGAGCCCAAGGCUAGCUCGGUGAAAGUGGAAUUUCUCCCCCUUCGUGAAGGCUGCAGUCUCGAGUGCAAGGUCUCUGAGAAGGUCUCUGAGGUCUCGGAGAAGGGUCACAAGCUCCUGUACCCCCCUCUCCCCUCGAUCAACUUCCCCUCCAGCCUGAAAAUAAAGGCGGCCUCGUACAACAUCCCCCACAGACUUCAAGUACACUUGGCCCUCAUCCGGAACCCCGCUGGCCUCUCGGUGCUCUGGAACGUGGACGAUGAAGAUCCGUUUGGACCCCCCAUGGAUAGUUACAGCGUCUUCAUGACCGUGGAGAAGGUGAAGGACAGCAACGUCUUCCCGGAGUGGAUCCGGGCCGACGUGGAGGCCAAACCUCUGCCCAUGUGCAUGAUGUUCAGCAAGUACAAGCCCGGGCGCAAGGUCUGCGUGGCCGUGGUGGGCAAAGACGCGUUCGGCCGGUACGGACCGUACAGUAAAGUCGUGACCGCCUUCCUACCCGACUAGUUGAGGACGACGUUUGGUCAAAGAGACGAGCUGCUACCUCAGGACUUUUGCAUGGAACAACAUUUUCCUCAUUGGUAAUAAAAGGACGGGGGGUGGUGCCUUUUUUUAUGCCUUUACCCAUUUUUCUGUUUCAUGAAAAGUCCAGCGAUGACUUGCGUUACUAUAGAAACCAGUGUAAACAGCUCAUGAAGUUGAAUGUAUUAUUGUGCGUUAUCACUUCAAGGUCCAAAUGUUUGAGUGAUGCAUAAAUAAUGAAAUAUUUCACCGAGCCGUUAACGUUGACUGUAUGUUUUGUUUUUGUAUAAAGUAAAGAUGUAGCAGCUUGAUUACAAUUAGAAAGGCUUCUCUCCUGUUGGACUCGCCUGCUUCGGGUCACACUCGAGUCAUGUACACGUGAAUAAAGGAUUUGUGACCCUUAA